CUUGGGCAGCCCUGGCUGUCAGAAUCUGCGUGGCACUGGCAGCUGACUGGUGUGAUUUUUCGUCGCUCUCGUUCUUUUACGGGAAUACGCCAUACUUGGCGUAUCGUUAAUUGUAGUUCUUAAGAAAGAAAUCCUCCAUCAUCCAAAAUGGUGAACUUCACAGUAGACGAGAUACGUGCCAUGAUGGACAAAAAGCGGAAUAUUCGUAACAUGUCUGUCAUUGCUCACGUAGAUCAUGGAAAAUCCACAUUAACUGACUCCCUUGUAUCAAAAGCUGGAAUUAUUGCUGGAGCAAAAGCUGGAGAAACCCGAUUUACAGAUACUAGAAAGGAUGAACAAGAAAGAUGUAUCACAAUUAAAUCCACUGCUAUAUCUAUGUUCUUUGAACUUGAUGAUAAAGAUCUUCUAUUCAUAACAAGUCCCGACCAACGUGAAAAAGAAGUAAAGGGUUUCUUAAUCAACUUAAUUGACUCCCCUGGACACGUAGAUUUUUCUUCUGAAGUAACAGCUGCACUUCGUGUGACUGAUGGUGCUCUAGUAGUAGUAGAUUGUGUUUCUGGUGUGUGUGUACAAACUGAAACUGUUUUACGUCAGGCUAUUGCUGAACGUAUCAAGCCAAUUUUAUUCAUGAACAAAAUGGACCGCGCUCUGUUGGAAUUGCAAUUGGAAGCUGAGGAAUUGUAUCAAACUUUCCAACGCAUUGUUGAAAACGUUAACGUAAUUAUUGCCACUUACAAUGAUGAUGGUGGUCCGAUGGGUGAAGUUCGCGUUGACCCUAGCAAAGGUUCUGUUGGUUUUGGAUCUGGUUUGCACGGAUGGGCCUUCACACUGAAACAAUUCUCUGAAAUGUACGCCGAUAAAUUCAAAAUUGAUGUUAGCAAAUUGAUGAACAGACUGUGGGGCGAGAACUUCUUCAACACCAAAACUAAGAAAUGGUCAAAACAAAAGGAUGCCGAUAACAAGAGAUCGUUCUGCAUGUAUAUCCUCGACCCCAUUUACAAAAUUUUUGAUGCCAUUAUGAACUAUAAGAAAGAGGAAUAUGAAGCUCUCCUUCCCAAGUUGGGUAUUACCUUGAAACAUGAAGACAAAGACAAGGACGGAAAGCAACUCUUGAAAGUGGUUAUGCGUACCUGGUUGCCUGCUGGAGAGGCUCUACUUCAGAUGAUUGCCAUCCAUUUACCCUCGCCUGUAACAGCCCAAAAAUACAGAAUGGAGAUGUUGUACGAAGGUCCUCAUGACGACGAGGCUGCUCUUGGCAUCAAAAACUGUGACCCCAAUGGUCCUCUUAUGAUGUACGUCUCGAAAAUGGUACCCACCUCCGACAAAGGUCGUUUCUACGCCUUCGGUCGUGUGUUCUCCGGUAAAGUAGCCACUGGCAUGAAGGCUAGGAUCAUGGGCCCCAACUAUGUUCCUGGUAAAAAGGAAGAUUUGUAUGAAAAAGCCAUCCAGAGAACCAUUCUGAUGAUGGGUCGUUACGUAGAAGCUAUCGAGGAUGUACCAUCCGGUAAUAUAUGCGGUCUGGUUGGCGUCGAUCAGUUCUUGGUCAAGACUGGUACUAUCACCACCUUUAAGGAUGCACACAAUUUGAAGGUUAUGAAGUUCAGUGUGUCACCUGUUGUGCGUGUGGCUGUUGAACCUAAGAAUCCAGCUGAUUUGCCCAAGCUUGUUGAAGGUUUGAAACGUUUGGCUAAAUCAGAUCCUAUGGUCCAAUGUAUCAUUGAAGAAUCUGGUGAGCACAUCAUUGCCGGAGCUGGUGAACUCCACUUAGAAAUUUGCUUAAAGGACUUGGAAGACGAUCACGCCUGCAUUCCAAUUAAGAAAUCCGAUCCCGUCGUGUCUUAUCGUGAAACGGUUAGCGAAGAAUCUGACCAAAUGUGUCUGUCGAAAUCGCCCAAUAAGCACAACAGAUUAUUCAUGAAAGCCCAACCUAUGCCAGAUGGUCUUGCUGAGGACAUUGAUGAUGGCAAAGUGAACCCUAGGGACGAAUUCAAAGCUCGUGCCCGUUACUUGGGCGAAAAGUACGAUUACGACGUGACAGAAGCCCGUAAAAUCUGGUGUUUCGGCCCUGACGGUACCGGACCUAACAUCCUCGUCGAUUGUACCAAGGGUGUACAGUACUUGAACGAAAUAAAAGACUCUGUUGUAGCCGGUUUCCAAUGGGCAACUAAGGAGGGUGUUCUCUCUGAAGAAAACUUGCGAGGCGUCCGAUUCAACAUCUACGACGUCACACUGCACGCCGACGCCAUUCAUCGUGGUGGCGGUCAAAUCAUCCCCACAACCCGUCGUUGUCUGUACGCUUGUUUGCUCACUGCCGCGCCCAGGCUCAUGGAACCAGUAUAUCAAUGUGAAAUUCAGUGUCCUGAAGUUGCUGUUGGUGGUAUCUAUGGUGUGUUGAACAGAAGACGUGGUCACGUCUUUGAAGAAAUGCAGGUGGCUGGUACACCUAUGUUUGUUGUAAAAGCAUACUUACCUGUAAAUGAAUCCUUUGGUUUCACAGCAGAUCUUAGAUCUAACACUGGAGGACAGGCUUUCCCACAAUGUGUGUUCGAUCACUGGCAAAUCCUUCCUGGUGACCCAUUGGAAAGUGGUACCAGACCAUUUGGUGUUGUGCAAGACACGCGUAAAAGAAAAGGUCUCAAAGAAGGUCUUCCCGAUCUAUCUCAAUAUUUGGACAAAUUGUAAACAACAUCUGCCUCCUCUUUAGCAAUUUAUUUUUUGUACAGAGCAAAAGUUUAUUUAAGAUUUAUAAUAACAAAAAAGCAUGAUUAUUCACUAAAAUAAAAUAAUUAAAUUUGUAUUCUCGGCAGGGUUUAUUCCGGAUUUCCAUUUUCUGGCUAUUUUAUUUAUUUUCCAAAUACUACAGUGUUUAUAUGUGGAUUGAUUCUUUUGAUAAGAAAGUGCAAAAAGUGAAAACACUACAUUGUUUCUUCUUUUAUUUAUUUUCAAAUGGUUACACUCUAACCAUUUCAAUAAAAUGUUAAAUCGACUCAGAUUUGUUAUAUAAGAACUGUAUUUGUUUACUCAUUUUUGUGUAAUAAAUUUUAAAUUUUAUUUUA